AUGGUUCAAUUCGCCAUCACCUAUGGCAACAUUCAUGGAUAUUUCAGUAUUGUUGUGUGUAUAUUUGGAAUUAUUUCCAACAUUUUGAAUAUUGUGGUGUUAACACGAAAACACAUGUCGUCACCGACAAAUUAUAUUCUCACCGCCUUAGCCAUUGCUGAUAUGCUCACGAUGAGCACGUAUCCCAUAAUGGCCUGUUAUCUGUACAUUAUAUCGCGGCCUGAUUGUGACGGGACCAAUCAUUCGAAGGAAUGGAUGUACUUUAUUCUCUUUCAUAAUCUAUUUAUAGUAACAUGUCACAAUAUGGCUAUGUGGUUAACAGUGUCUUUGGCGGUUUUUCGUUAUAUUUUUGUCUGUCAGCACGCCAUGGCGAUGGUGAUGUGUAGUUUGGCUCGAGCGAGAGUAACCGUGAUGGCCAUCGUUGGUGCGACUAUUUUAAUUUGUUUACCUAAUUAUUUGAUGUAUACGGUGAUUGAUUAUGGAAAGAGUAACAAUAUGACCUCGUGUUUUUGGGUCGUCUCCUCGGAGAUUGCUGUCAGAUAUCCUGCUUAUGAAAUGUUCGUGCGUUGGUUAUUCGGCGUGGUUAUAAAAAUUCUACCAUGUAUACUGCUGACUGUCUUAAGUACUCUGAUAAUCAUCGCCAUGCACGAAGCGAAAAAACGACGCUCGCGUCUGUUGGGAAUGGUGAAUCGUGCCUCGGAUCAUGAUAACGCCAGCAGUGAACAUAAUCGAACCACCAUGAUGUUGGUGCUUGUGGUGUUGACUUUCGUGAUCACUGAGCUUCCCCAAGGGAUAUUGGCUUUGAUCAGUGCCGUGAACACGGACUUCUUUUCCCGAGUUUACGUGAACCUCGGUGAUCUGAUGGAUCUACUUGUAUUAAUCAACAGUGCAGUUAAUUUUAUUUUGUAUUGUAUAAUGAGUCAACAGUUUCGAAACACGUUUAAAAGUUUGUUCGUAGGUAAAUAUUUUAGGCCUUUCUUCAACAAAAAUCCAUCGCAAAAUGGAACGAGCUAUACCAUGGUCAAAACUGAAACCACUCAAGUUUGA